AUGUUCUGGAAAUUUGGCGGCUACGCCAAUAUAUCCCCUAUUGAUGCUAUUCUCGACCGCCCCGACUUCACACUAGAGGAGCUGCUCGACGAGGGUGACCUGCUGGGUGAUGUUAAGGCCCAUAAUAACAAGCUGCUCGAGUUUCUUCGCCAGAAAGACAUCGUUCUGAAGCUGCUUGCGUACGUUGUCGCGCCCAAGGUCGAGCCGGUCGCCGGCCCUCCAACGACCGAGGAGACAGAGAGAACAGACAGCGCGGAAGGGGAGCUGCCAUCGGAGCCGCCUGAAGAGGACAUUGAGCGCGGCCGGUCACGCAUCUUUGGCCGGUCGCGUGCUUCUUCCUCGGUCACCGAUGGCGGGCUGGAUGAGGAGGACGAGGCCGAGAAGAAGCGCAUGCGGUAUGCCUUUGUCUCCUGCGAGAUUCUGGCGUCCGACAACUGGUCCAUCUGCGACACGCUUCUGGACCCCGCCAACCGCGCCGAGCUGAACAAGUUCUGGGAGUUCCUCAAGCGUCCUUCUCCGCUGGAUCCCCUGCAGGCCAGCUACUUCACCAAGGUCAACGAGUCGCUUUUCGACAAGAAGGUGGAGGACAUGGUCAACUUCCUCAAGGGCGUCGACGGCGCCGUUCAGGAUAUGCUGCGCCAUGUCGACUGUCCCAUGGUCAUGGACCUGUUGCUGAAGAUCAUCACGCUUGACCGCCCCGAAGCCUAUCAAGGCAUUGUUGAGUGGCUCUACACGCAAGACAUUAUGCCGACCCUCCUCGCCUUCCUCAGCCCCGAAAACAGCUGGGCAACGCAGACGUCUGCAGGCGAUUUCAUCAAGGCCAUUAUCACUGUGUCGGCCAAUGCGACCCAGCACGAGCAAACGUGCAUCGGUCCGAACGAGCUCACCCGCCAACUGGUCUCCCACCCCUGCAUCGAUGAACUCAUCGGCUACAUGCUCAAGGGCGGCAACGCUCUUACCGUCGGCGUGGGUAUCGUCAUUGAGGUUAUCAGGAAAAAUAACUCUGACUACGACCCGGAUGUGGGCACCGAAGCCAACUCCAUCCCGUCCAGUCGCGACCCCAUUUACCUCGGCACCCUGCUGCGCAUGUUUGCCCAGAACGUACCCAACUUCAUGCAGCUGAUGAACAACGCGCCCGCUCAAAAGUCUCGACUUAACUCGACGUUUGGUGAGAAGAUUGAGCCACUGGGCUUUGACCGCUUCAAGACUUGUGAGCUCAUGGCUGAGCUGCUCCACUGCAGCAACAUGGGCCUUCUCAACGAGGUCGGCUCCGAAGAACUGAUUGCUGCCCGCGACGCCCAGCGCAAGCGCCUACGUGAAGAGGGCAAGCUCACUGGCACCCGCGGCGAAGAAGCGAAUCCCUCCAACACCGACCUCCUGACCAUGAGCCUGGCGCACACCUCCCCAACUGACGAGGGCCGCCGCCUGGAAGUCACCAACGUUUCGGCCGCUGAUGAGGAUGGAUUUGAGGAAGUGACGCAUGCAGCCGGUCUUGGCGAGGACGAACCCGUCCGAGAACUGGAGCUGCCCAGCCGGCUUGCACCGGCGUCUGGCUCUGCAGCAACGCCAUCCUUCAUGGAUAAGGACGAGGACGACUUUGUUGAGGAGCCCCUCAGCUCGCCGCGCCUCAAGACACACGACGAGAAGAUCGCAAGCAGCGACGACCAGCACUUUGACGACCCGGAGCUUCUUGUUGCUCCCCUCUCACCGAGCAAGCGGAAGAGCGUCCCAGUCGAGGGUUCGACAUCAGGCACCCUUGUGCCCGUCCCCCCCAAGGAUGACCCUGCCGAAGGCUCCGACGACUUUGUCACCGAAGCCACCGAGCCCGCUCUUGGCGACGAGGCCAAGAGAAUGGUGCCCGACCUCGAGAAGGGCGACGACUCCGACUCGUCCAUUAUGUUCACACCGACCAUUUCCAGCUUAUCGUCCCGCCGUUCGCCUAGCCCGACUGCUGAGCGGACCGUCGCACCGACCGAUGAGGUCAUGGCGAACACUCCUCAGACGCCCAGUAUAAAGACCGAAGAGAACACUGACGGCAGAGCCGAUUCUGGUACCCCGACAACGACGCCACCUACCGAGACCCCGGCGAUUUUUGCCCACGAGAUCCCUACAGAACCGAAGCAGGUGCAAGACGAGAAGGAGGACGCCAAAGCUGCUGCUAGCAACGGAGAUACGGAGAUGGAGUUUGGUGACGCAUCAAUUAUCGUCACGCAGCAGCCCUCCGAGGCCGGUGCAGCUGCCGAGUCUGCUCCCGGUGCUCCCGUUUCCGACCCGGUUGUCGGCGACUUCUUGAAGAUGCAGUUUGUCGACCACCGCGUCGUGCCGACAAUUUUGUCCUUCUUUUUCUCCUAUCCCUGGAACAACUUUUUGCACAACGUCGUGUAUGACGUUGUACAGCAGGUGUUCAACGGUCCUAUGGACCGGGGCUUCAACCCCCACCUGGCCAUCUCCCUGUUCGAGUCGGCCGACAUUACGACUCAGAUCGUCAACGGCCAGCUGGUCUCCGAGCAGUCCCAGGCUGCCACGCGCAUGCGCAUGGGCUACAUGGGCCACCUGACCCUCAUCGCCGAGGAGGUCGUCAAGUUCACCGAGCGCCACCCGGCUGAGCUUUUGUCCGAGACGGUCGUCUCGAAAAUCAUGUCGCCCGACUGGACCAACUACAUUGACGGCACGCUUACUGAAACGCGCGAACGCGAUAAUGCCACACUGGGCGGUGUGCGACCUGAAGUAGCUAUGGGCAACCAUGCCGCGGCUGCUGGACUUGCUGCCGUGGGCCUGUCGGGCCUGGGCUCGUCACUCACAUCACUCGGCCUCUCCAACUCCCAAGGCACAUCCAAUGCCCUGGCGGAGGCGGGCCUGAAUGGCAGCCUGGACCUGAACAGCGACAGCAUGGACCUCCAGGGCAGCAACGAUGGCCACUUCUCCAUCAGCGCCGGCAUCUCCUCGGGCUUCCACAGCUCGAGCGACGAAGACGAUGACGACGCGGACGACAACGACGAAGACAUCAACAAUGAGGAAGGUGGACGUCGUGUCCUUGAGUGUGAAGACUGCAUCAAUGAAAUUCGACGUGGAACGAAACCAUUUGACGAGUAUUGCCACCACACGUUGGACGGCGUUGCCGAUGGGGUUGCCAAUGGGGAUGCCAAUGCCGACUGCGACCCCGACCCCAACGAGGACCUGAGCAUGGAAGACUAUACCAACGACGACAAUACCCCAGCACCGGAUGCCGCUGAGGAGAGCACAAAUGACAGAUGUGACCACGGAGACGGAGACCAAGACCAUGGCUACGACCACAGAGACCAAGCCGAUGAGGAUGUGAACAUGGAGGAUAAGGACCAGAACGGAGGGGAGACCACCCUAGAGCUGCUGCCGGCUGCAUCUGCAUUGGGAUUUGCGGUGGCACCGACUGCCGCGAAUAGCGAACCGAAUAGCGACCCAAGCGGUGCCGCGCUCCAAGAACUGUUUUCGGACCCAGCGCCCAUCGGACUGCGAUUUAAUGGAACCGGCGACAUCCGUGAGCCCGCAGCCGGAGACGCAUUCUGCCAGAGCACACGUGGUCGGAACGACCGAGGUGACGAAUGCGAGAACAGUGUGAGCGGAGUCGAAACCAUCGAUAGAACCGACUACGACAACGUGCCACAUGCCGCCUACCAUAGCAGGGGAGAUUUCCAACAGCGGGCCCAGAAUGCCACGGACCUCUUCCGCGCAUACACGGAUCCCCUGAACGCAUCCAACUCCCUCCUGCCACCGGCCAUCCCGCCACCGCCACCGCCGCCACCGCCUUUGAACGUCCCUCCCUCGCGUGCCCGCCAGCUGCUCGCAGCCCGCCUUGCGAUGAACAAGCGCAACGCCGAGGCCGCUGGUGCACAAGAGAACGGCAACGAGCGUGAACAGGGUACCAGCAACAGUGGCUCGGGUAUAGGCAGCGGUGGUGGCGCUGUGGGCGGCGGCGGCAGCGGCGGCAACAACAGCAACGACAGCAACGACAGCAACGACAGCAACGACGACCGCGACAUCUCGCUCGGCGCGGCCAGCAAGUCGUUGACGGCGAUGCUCGACAGCGGCGGCGAGCGCCUGCGCAACCCCUUUGCUGACGACGAGGACGACGAUGUGGACGCCGACGAGGACGCCGAUGAAGACGAGGACGACGAUGACAACGACGACGAAGACGCCGGCCUGAACGGCGGCGACGUCGGCCGCGUGGGUCUUGGCUGGAACCGCGGCGGCUGGUGGCGGUCGAUGGUGUCGCGUGCCGACAAGGGCGGUCGUAACGGGCAAGGCGGCACCGGCACCGGCGGCGGCGGUAGCAGUAGUAGCGGCGGCGGCGGCCAUGAAAAGUUUGGCGAUGGCCGGGACAGCAGCAGCGACGGCGGCAACUCGUCUGGCGACGACGACAACGACGACGAAGAGUUUGGCGACUUUGCCAUGCCGGAAACCACCAUGCCGGCGGAGGGCGCAGCAGCCAAGGACAGUAACGACGACGGCGACGAAAGCAUCGGGACGACGACCGAGACCACCGCCGGUGAGAGUAACCGCGAGACGAUGCUCUUUAAGCCCCUGGCCCUCCACCCUGGCCAUCCUCCGUCUGGAUCUGGAUCUGGAUCUGGAUCUGGAUCUGGAUCCGGAUCCGGAUCCACUGGUAACAACAACAGCACAGCCUCGGCCGGUGGCAGCCUCUGGCGUCUGGGCUUUCUCGGGACCAACACUGCGACGAGCGGAUCCACCGCCGCGUCGACCGACACCAGCACGAUCGACACAAACAAUGCCAAGGCCAAGGCGCCUGCUGCGUCCGCAUCAAGGACAAAUGACGACGAGCUCGAGGUGCUCGGCGAUGACGGCCACCGUGUUGCGCGGGUCACCGAGGCGGCGCACCGCCGGAGCCUCGAGGACCCCGACGAAGACGAGGUGGUUGUAUAA